UGUUUCUGGUGGAGUCGCUGAAACACUUAUUGUCCAUAGAUUUAUCAGCCAGCAUAAAAAAAUACUGAAUGGAAUGAAUAGUACCGAUGACUUACAUUUAUCUAAAAGGCUAAAUAAUUUGGCUAACGGAAAUUUAACUUCACUUUCUGUCUACAAAACUGGAAUCUCUGCAUCAAAACGACUUUUCUACACACUUAAACAUGCGUUCAAUCGCGAAGCACUUAUUGUUGCAGCUAUUUCGGCUAAAAAUGAUGAAGUUGAGAAAAGCCUUGAGUGCGUCAUGGGACAUGCUUAUGCGUUAACCUCAAUUCAGUUUAUUGAACUUGAUGCUCUGCAGCUAAUUAAUAAGAGUAAACCAGACCGAGGACUAGAGACAACUGGAAAGCGACAGGCAAUGGUUCGACUUCAAAAUCCUUGGGGCGAAAAGGAAUGGAAUGGACCCUGGAGUGACGGUUCAGCUGAGUGGGAGCAAGUGACUAAUGUGCAAAAGUCCCGCUUAGGUAUUACGGCAAAUGAUGACGGCGAGUUUUGGAUGCCCUGGGAAAAAUUCUUAGAAUACUUCACCGAUAUAAGUGUGUGCCAAAUGCUGAUACCGCUGGAAUUGGGAGUCCGGUCGAAAAUAAAAUCACGACCAUCAAUCAAGGCCAGCAGACGAUCUAACGCAACUAUAGGAACUCCUUUGAAUCGACGAUAUCACGAAUGGAUUAAUUCUGAAUUCAGAUGUCCAAACUUUACGGCUACAUUCUGCUUUAACCCACAAUUCCUGCUAGAGUUUUCUGGGCCUGGAACUGCUGAAGUGAUUCUUGCGCUCAAUCAACCCGAUAAGUUUUAUGGUAAGAGAAGACUACCUUAUCUUGCCGUUGGUAUGCAACUCAUGCGUGUUGAAUUUAACAGACGGCACCGUCUUCAUAGACCCCUUCCGAGUACAGCUACUUCGGAGUACAGUUCUGGGCGCUCAGUUCAUUUACAUCUUGAUAAGCUUACUCCUGGUCGAUGUAUGUUUUGCGGAGGUUCUUCUCUUAAAAUAUUCAUUUUUAGAUAUCCUGAUACCGUCUAG